AUGGCCAUUCCUCCUAAAUUAUACCAGUUCUUGGUAUGCUGUUUUGCCUCAAUAGGCUCCUUUGCUUACGGUUAUGACCUUUCCGUCAUUGCUCAAGUAAUUGCUAGUGAAACCUUCAUCGAAAGGUUUCAUCCAAGCACCAAUGAAAGCAGUGCAGUCGUUUCAUUGUUCACUGGAGGUGCAUUCUUUGGUGCAUUUUUCGCAGGGUAUCUUUCAGAUUACAUUGGAAGAAAGUAUACCAUCACCACUGCCAGUUUGAUUUUCAUCAUUGGCGGAUGCUUACAAGCAGGAUGUACUAGCAUGGGGAUGCUUUUGGCUGGACGUUUUAUCAGCGGAAUUGCCGUCGGUACUCUUUGUAUGAUCAUCCCAUUGUUUCAAGCGGAGUUAUCACACCCUUCCAUUAGAGGUACGGUCACUGCUCUUCAGCAGUUCUUUUUGGGUAUUGGUGCCCUAUGUUCUUCUUGGAUCGCCUAUGGUUGUUACACUGGUCUCGCUGGUAGCGAAAAUCAAUUCCGUCUUCCACUUGGCCUUCAAGUUGUGCCAAUAGGAAUUUUAUUCUUCGCAACUUACUUCCUUCCAGAAUCCCCAAGAUGGUUAGCCAAGAACAAUAAAGAAGACCUUGCGUUGCGAACUCUUGCGAAACUUCAUUCUCAUGGUGACAUUGAUGCUUCAGAAACCAGAGCACAAUACGAAGAAAUUAUGAGCGAAGUCGAGCUUGAAAGAAGUCGACCAUCAGUUGGUUGGCUUGGUCUUUUCAAAACCAAGGAUAGGGCAAGAAGAAUUGUUCUUACCUGUGCUUUACAAGCUUCAGCUCAAAUGACUGGGGUCAGUGCAAUCCAAUUCUUCAGCCCUGUGAUCUUCUCCAAUAUUGGUUUGAGCACCGGUCGUACAUUGUUAUAUCAGUCUGUGAAUUCCAUUAUUGCUUUGAUAGCCCAAGCACUAUGUAUUGCCACAAUUGAUCUCACUGGUCGUCGUUGGGUGUUGAUCCUUUCAAACGUUGGAUGCUCUUUCUGUUUUGUGAUCGGAGCAAUUCUACUUGCGAAAUUCCCGGCAGAAACUACCAAUAAUCGUGGAGCACAAAUUGGGUUCAUUGCCAGCACCUGGAUCUACAACUUUAUCUUCAGUUAUGGUGUUGGUCCGUUGACUUGGGUCAUUCCGUCAGAAUCUUUUAAUUUAGCCAUGAGAGCCAAAGGGGUUGGUCUUGCCACAAUGGUAUCAUUUGCCUUCAAUACAAUGAUUGGUCAAGUCACCACCGUGGCGAUGGAUCAAGUUGGUUGGAAGUUUUAUUACACGUUUAUUUUCUGUUGUAUGAGUAAUGCCAUCUUCUUCUGGGCAUUCAUGCCGGAGACCAGAAAGAUUCCGCUUGAAGUCAUGGACAGCUAUUGGAAGGAAGCUCCGUAUUUCAUUCCAAGUUGGAAGCCUUCUAGAGAUUAUGCUAAAGAGUUAGAUCAGCAUGUUGAAGAAAUUGAUAUCAAGAGGGAGUAUGAGCACAAAAAUUCUGUUGCCAACUCCAUUAAUGAGUGA